AUGUCUCAUACUGGAGCUCAGGGUAGCAUGGGCAGCUCCUCCGCCAUGGGGAUGCGCUCUCACAAGAUGUACGUCUACGAGUACGAGAACUUCCAGGGCCGCAGGAUGGACCUCAGCGCCGAGUGCCGCAACCUGUGCGAGAAGAACUUCGACAAGAUCGGAUCCAUCAGGGUGGAGUGUGGACCCUGGGUGGGUUAUGAGAUGCAGAACAUGGGCGGAGAGAUGUUCAUGCUGGAGAAGGGAGAGUACCCCCGCUGGGAUACCUGGUCCAACAGCUACAGGUGUGACCGCAUGAUGUCCGUCAGGCCCGUCCGCAUGGACCCCCAGGACCACAAGAUCUGCCUGUACGAGUCCAUGAACUUCGAGGGCCGCAAGAUGGAGGUCAGCGACGAGGACAUCCCCAGCCUGUGGUCUUACGGCUUCCAGGAUCGUGUUUCUAGCAUCCAGGUCACCGGUGGAACCUGGGUGGGCUACCAGUACCCUGGCUACCGUGGCUACCAGUACGUGCUGGAGAUGGGAUCUUACAAGCAGUGGAACGAGUGGGGCGCCAACCACCCCCAGAUCCAGUCCAUGCGCCGAGUGAGGGACAUGCAGACACACCGCAGGGGCUGCUUCGAGAUGAGCAACUAA